AUGGGGGAGUGGAGAGGGCAAUGCAUCAGCCGUCAGCGUGGACAGGGCGCGGCCUACGGGACUGAGUCAGCCCGGGCACUGCUCACUAUUCACAGACUCAUAGAUAUAGACUUUGGUCGGAGAGAAGAUGGUUGGCUGCAAAGCGCUUGCACAUCUGACCCUCUCACCUCCUCCUCUGGACCCUCCCUCACACCGCCUCCUCUGGACCCUCUCACCUCCUUCGCUGGACCCUCUCACCUCCUCCUCUUGACCCCCUCACCUCCUCCUCUGGACCCUCUCACUCCCUCCUCUGGACCCUCUCACUCCCUCCUCUGGUUCCUCUCACAUCCUCCUCUGGACCCUCUCACUCCCUCCUCUGGACCCUCUCUCUCACCUCCUCCUCUGGACCCCCUCACCUCCUCCUCUGGACCCUCUCACUCCCUCCUCUGGUUCCUCUCACAUCCUCCUCUGGACCCUCUCACCUCCUCCUCUGGACCCUCUCACUCCCUCCUCUGGACCCUCUCUCUCACCUCCUCCUCUUGA